AUGAGGACUCACCUUCCAAAGGCUGCUCCUCCGCUCACCAGUACUGUCCGCCACGACGUAUACCGCGAAAUCGACCCUCGCCAGGCUCUCGCCGACGCCGCGAAGGGUCUCUCCGUGCUCGUGACCGGCUCGGGGCGCGGUGUAGGGCGAAGCGAAGCACUCGCUUUCGCUCAAGCAGGGGCUAGCAAGGUGGUCUUGACGAGUCGCAGCAAGCAGCAACUGCAGGAGGUCAGGCAGGCUAUCGGGUCUCUCGGAAAGGGCGUCGAGGUUGUGAUGGUGGAGUGCGACUUGACGGAUCCAACAAGCGUCGACAAGUUGUUCGAGGAGGCGGGAGACGUCGACGUCCUCGUGAACAACGCCGGCUACCUCGAGCCUUGCGUCCCGAUCCGCGACUCGAACCCCGACGACUGGAUGCGCACCCAGCGGAUCAACAUCGAGGGCACUUUUCUUGCGACUCGAGCAUUCCUGCGUUCGGCGGCGACGAAAGGCUGGCUCGACUCAGCGUCCGCCAAGAAGCUGUGCGUGAUCAACACGAGCUCUAUUGGGAGUGCAGGCACGCGCCCUGGUUUUAGUAGCUAUCAGCCCGGCAAGACGCAGAUUAAUCGCUUUACAGAGUUCCUACACUUCGAAGAGCCCUCUGUCAGGAUGUUCGCGAUGCAUCCUGGCGGUGUCAUGACGAAGCUUGCGCGCGACUCGAUGCCUCCAGACACCCACGGCUUAUUAAACGACACCCCCGAGCUCGCCGCAGGCUUCGCAGUCUGGCUCGCUACGCAAAGCGACGCCGACUUCCUGCGCGGACGCUACGUCUCCGCCAAUUGGGACGUCCGCGAGCUACUGGCAAAGAAGGGCGAGAUCGUCGAGGGGAACCUGCUAUGGACGAGGGUCGUGGGGCAGGAGCAGGUGAUGCCUAACACAAGUCAGGUGCACAUCGCGUAA